CCGAGGAAUCUUCAACCUCCUCUUCUUCGACUGGGUCCUCUUUAUCCAGUUUCGAGACCCGGUCAGGCCCCAACACCACGGUCCCUGAACCAGAUGCCCGGUCAGGUUUCUCAGGAGAGGGAUGAACCGGUUGACGAUGAGCCGGCUCCCUAUGACCCUGACAGCGAGUCGUAUGAGGGAUGGGUGAACCGGCUAGAAGCGGCCGGUUACUUUCCCCUCCCCACCAGUUACCCUUCAGACAUCUACCCCCACGUUUCCAAAAUUGCCCAAAAUAAGGCACGUAGGAACCUCCCGGAGGGGUAUGUCCUUGAAUACGACCUUAACUGGCACAAUAUCAUCGAGCCUCACCAGGACGAUAGGGGCCGUAACGGUCGCCAAUUCAUCUUUGACCUUCCACAAAGCAACCGGCCGUGGAAGGAAAAAUUUGUCUUUAUAAAAUUCCCCACCGUUUCUCCUUUGGCCGGCAUAAAGUGGAGCGACCACCUCCUGAAACCGCAAUACACCGAGCCGGCUAAGGCUCCAGACUUGGAAGAAAGUUUGGAGAAACUCUUACAAGGGGACCCGUUCACCGGGCAAAUGUUCCAUUACGGGGCUUGGAUUUGGAGGAUUUCACCGGGUGGCACGGGUACCCCCCGGGCUGAUGAAGCAGCGGGGCACGGGGUACCCGCCCCGGGCAACACUGCGGAAGCUAGGGGUUCCAGUCACCCAGAGAUGAACUUUAGAGCAUUUAACAUCCCCACGAAGAAGACCGGUGGCUCCUCCUCUGCUGCCCCAAGAACCGUACCGGUGCAACAGGAGCCGGUGGAGAUCAAUUCUGAGGAGGAAACUCCUCCGACUGGUCAUGCCGGGAGGACCACGGUAAAUCCUCCCUUGGACAAGGGGAAGGGGAGGGUCCGGACGAAGCACGCCGCCACCACUCAUCCCUCAGCCAAGAGGAGGAGGGGAGAAAGCGUCCCGGCCACAGAGUCGCUAGAGGAGCUCUGGGUCAAGAUGGGGCGAAAGUUGAAAGAGAUGGGUGAGGUCGGGCCUGAAACUCUGGGGAAGCUUUCCAAGGACUCCCCUUCCCGGUCACUCCAGCUAGAGGAAAAACUGAAGAGGCUUGAAGCCCAUAACCGGGAGCUUCAAGACCUGACAACCCGGCAACAUGACGAGAUGGCCAACCUCUCGGUGGUUGCCGGUAGAGCGAACGCGGAAGUCCUCCAGCUGAAAGAGGAGAACUCGCUGCUGAUGGGGGAGGUCUCCCACCUGAAGGAGGAGGCAUGGGUGAAGGAGCAAGAGCUGCCCGGUCGGGCCAGACAGUGGAUGGAGGAGAACCUAGUGGAGGCUGCCCGGGUGCUUACUUCCUCCGAGGAAAGGACAAUGGAGGGCUUCAAGUUGCUGUACCGGGAGGAGCAAGGGAAAGAGAUGAUUACCCAGAUCGGCUCCUAUGGUUUCAUGUGUGGCCAAAAGCGAGACCGGGAGGCCACCCAUGCGAUCCUUGCCGACCGGGAUCCGGACUUCAACGCCGAAUCAUACGGUCUGGCCCCCAUCCCGGACGAAGAACCUGCGCCUCCCUUCCCUCUCGAGUAGACUUCCCGGCUGCGCCCGGUUGUUGCGUGUUGAAAGCCAAAAACUAUGAAUUUUCCCGGGGAUGCCCGGUGUAACAUGUAAACACUUAUCAUUUUUAUUUGAAUGCCAUGUUUGUUUUUCCUACCCGGUUAAUCUUCCAUAUCUGCUUGCUUGUUGAUUUAUACUUUGAUCUUGCUCCUUAGAAUGCCAUCCUAGAAAUUCUGACCGGUACGUAGAUCAACCAUUACCGCGUUCGACCGGUAUAACUUCAAAGUUCUCUCUGGUCACUUCACUUCAAGGAUCAGCCCGAGUAACUUUGACCGGUU